CGUUUUGCUCCGCACCCUCUCCCGCAGUGCCCCGCUCCGCUCCGCUCCGCGCAGCCGGGCUGGCCGUCACGUCGCAGGUGGGCAGACAGACGGACGGACGCUCGGGCUGCGUAGAGGCAGCCACAACGCUUCGCAGACGGGCGCUGUAGCGGUGGCCGCUGUGGCGGUGAAGAGCGGGGCUCGGCCGUCCGGCGGGAUGCGGGGGAAAGAGGGUGGCCCGGUCCUGCCCUGAGCCAGCACUGACAUAAAUUAUUGACCAGAAAAUGGCCCAGCGAAGCCCAAUCUUCCCAACUCUUGCCCCUUCUGAAAGACGGGUUCGAAACAUACCACUGCAUAGCCAGGCACUGACAGCGGUCCCACUGGCAUCAGCAAGCCUGGUAGAUCAGCUGGAAGACAGAAUCCUAAGCCAUGAGAGAACAACGGCAGCCCUUGUGGAACAUGCUUUUCGUAUUAAGGAGGACAUUGUUUCUACUCUGCACAGAAUGCAGAACAAAGGGGGGGGUGACCGGUUGGCUAGGCAACUCUUGGAAGAACAUAUCCGAAACAUAACGGCAAUAGUGAGGCAGCUUAAUCGGGACAUUGAGAUGCUGCAGGAACAAAUACGUGUCAGAGACAAUCUCAGCUAUGGAACAAAUUCUACCCUGAAGAGUCUGGAAAUGCGGCAGCUUUCUGGUUUAGGAGAUCUUCGAGGAAGAGUGGCAAGGUGUGAUGCUGGGUUAGCCAGACUCUCUGCAGAGCAUAAAAUUACGUAUGAAAGACUUCAGAGCCUAAGUAAAGACCAGCACACCUCUAAGCUGAUUUUAGAAUCUAAAAUCAAAGAAGCAGAAAUACAGAUUUCCCAUCUUCUGAGCAGAUUAGAGCAAUCAAUAAUGCAACAAGAAGCAAAGCUGAAGAUUGCCUACAAAGAGAGUAACCAACAGCUCCAUCUUCUGGAUAUUAAAUUAAAAAAUGCUACUGAGGAACUCAACAGCCAGAUUUUGUCUGCACGUAGCUGGUUGGAACAAGAACAUGAAAAGACUGAAAAAGAGCUUGUGCAAAAAAUUGACCAACUCUCACUGACUUUUAAAGAAAGCACUGAAAUGAGUGAGAGAGCUAUAGAGAUGAGAUUCAACCAAAUGGCAGAGAAAAUUGACAAAAUUGAAGAAAUGCAGAAGAUAACUAUGGAAGCUCAUGAAGCAAAACUGUCUGAAGAAAAAAUAAAUAUUCUCAUUGGCAAACUUCAAAACGAGAUAAAUGAAGACAUAAAAGAAAUGAAAGCUGAAGUUAAUGCUGGAUUUGCAGCUAUCUAUGAGAGCAUUGGGUCUCUACGACAAGUUCUAGAAGCGAAAAUGAAGCUGGACAAAGAUGAACUACAGAAGCAGAUCCACCAAAUGAAGCAGGAGGUUUCAGCAUGGGGAGAGGCUGUACCAUGAGUGCAAGAUUUUGUCUGAGAGAUUAAUGUUUGUUUGGCUAAACAGGCAGCCUAUAAUCUUGUUCCAGUCUGUGAUUCAAGCUAAAUGCAUGUACCAAAUGACAUGCUGGUGUUGCACAGGUCUGUAUGUUCACUGCAAGUGGUAAAUGCAAGCUCUUCAUAGAUCAGCUGACAACAAGCUCAUAGAGCCGAGGUGCUGAUUUGCCACUGCACUAUUCUAGUAGCUCUCAGGAGAUUAUGCAUAGUGUAAAACUGGAGUAAUAUAUUGGUGAAGCUGGCACCUAAUUAGCUAGAAGCAUUCCAGUGCUCCCCAGUUUUGCAGGCUUGAACAAACAGGUAUACAUUUUUAUACUAUAUAUACACUGCACCCCUCACUCCCCCACCCCCCACCUCUUUUUUUUCCCCAUCAAAACAAACUUAAAACCAAAUAAAAAACCCAAACAAGUUAAUAUAAUUUGUUUACUAUGAGUUUGAUGAGGUUCUCCACCUUGACAUGGUAUACUUAAUUGAAGUCACGACCAUGAACACUUUUACAGUGACUUUCUCUACUUUUGACUUACUGGGGGAGACAGAAUUAACACUAAAAUGACCAAUUUUCAAAACCUAGAUACUGUCAGAAAAAACUUUGUUUAGUUCUGCAAAUAUCUACUCUGUGUGUGUGUGUGUGAGCAGACUAAGUAAUGUUAUAUGAUGUAGUUGUAGACUAAGAUGGUCCAUGAACAACGUAAGAAACUAAACUCAUGUGGUCUUAAGUAUUGUGACCUUCUAAAAUUAACAACCAAGAAGAGCUGAGACAAGGUAAAAGAUGUAUAUAGAGCAUUUUAUAACUGGGCAUGUGUUCCUGUGACUUGUUUCAUUAUAUUAGUAAAAACUUUGAAGACAAAAGAGAAGGUAAUAAUCUAACAUAGUCUGGAGAAUGUAAUGUAAUGUAAAAUUAAAUGCAAUUUAAUUUUUAAUUGAACAACUCUUCAAAUGUAAGUAGACUUUAAUAAUUUAGUAGAUUCAAACUGCUAAUUGCAUUCACAGGAUUUCCAAAUUUUCAUGGUGCUUAUUUCCAUUCCCUGAAUGUGUUACAUAAUGGAAAUCAGCAGCCAUAUGGCACAGUAAUCUGUGCAGGAAGAUACAUGUAUGUCGAUUUUAUAUCUUCACUCAUAGCUUGAUAUUGCUCCUCAUGUUAUUCUUGCAUGAUAUUCUUCAUUCAUUCAUGAAGAAUAAAAUACUUCACUCAGUAUUCUAUUAACUUAUACUGUUAACAGUAAUUCAUAUACAAACCCACUAUUAAUUUAUCCAGGCACUACUGUAAGCAUAAAUUGAUAGGAUGUCUCUGCACUGUCUUUAAUGUCCCUUUCUUUUGGCCAGUAUUGUGAAACCACAUUUGGAAAAUCACUGGCAAGUUUCUCAUCAUUUUCAUGCAAGGUGUGAUUCACAGAGUCACCAUAAUUACACCAAAACCAACCAACCAACAGAAAUUACUCCAAAAGUUAACCUGAGUAGGAGAGUCUUAGUGUUUAGGAAUGAAGAAAAUGCAUACAACUGUACAGGACUGACACCUAAGUUUAUAUUCAUUGGCUAUAUAGUUGAAAGUAAUGAAGCUGAAGAGAAAAAAAUCAGAGAUAGAUGAAGUUUUGCAGCUCUGGCUCCCAGUGCUCUGUGGUAACAAACCUGCCUCUGUUAUUCUUGGUAUGUGUUGUCCGUGUGCUAUGAAAUAUUUUUACAACGGCAGCUAAGGGGAAAGCCCUGUUCAUUAAGGGGGGACAAUGAAAUGCUUGCAGAUAUUUCUUAAGAAUUCUCUUUAAAAUCCACUCUUUCUUCAUGUUCGUAUUUUUAUCUAUUCUAAAAUAUUUAGCUAUGUGCAAUGAAAAAGCCAUCACUGGUGUUUAAUUUAAAAAAAAAAAAAGAAGAAGAAAAAAAGAGAAGAACAAAGAAAGAAGCAGAAAAGAGAACAAAAACUUUUUUUUCCUUCUGUAAUUGGAAAUCUGUACUUGAGUAAAUCUGGUGUGAUAUGAAGAGCAUACAAGGAAUCAUAGAAACAAUUUAUAUGGACCUUAAUAAAAUGUUUCUCUUGCAAAAA